AUGCAGUUCCUCAGCCUUAUCGCCAUUACCGCGGCCGUCAGCGCCAGCCAGGUUGACACCACCACCCCCAAGCGCAACCUGGUUGAAGUCACCAACAUCAUGACCCAGGUCCUGCACGGCAUCCUCAACUUUGACGCUGCCAUCAUCAACUACAACGGUGGCCCGCAGGUGAGCCAGCUCCAGGGUGCUUCGGGAACUAUGGUCGGCAUUAUCAAGACGGCCACCCUUGCCGCCAGCAAUAUGACCAAUCUGAGCGUUGAGGAGGCCCAGGGCUUCCAGCCCCUGUCGGACAAGCUCAAUGUCGCUGGCGACAAGCUUCUUGCAGAUCUUAAUGGGAAGAAUGACUUGUUCUCCAAGGCCUGUGUUUGCGAGCCGGUUUUUGAGCUGGUUACAGUUGUUGGUGACCACGUCAUCACUCUCAUGAACACUGUCUCGACCAAAUUCCCCCAGGGGGGCAAGGGCGGCAAGGAGAUUGAACAUUUCACCAAGAUCUUCAACGAUAUGGAGGAGAAACUGUCGAAGUGCAUUUCAGCUACUUGCAAGAUUACGACAGUUCUUACCGGUUCCCACAGCAAUUCCACUGGGAAUGCCACUCAGACUGGUGUUUCACACCCUGUUGUCACCGCUGGUUCUUCUUUCUUGGGAGUUUCAUCUGGCGCCUUGGCUGUGGUUCUCGCGGCAUUCGCGUUCUAG